AUGGAGUUGAAAUUUACAACUGUUGAAGGCAAAGUCGGUGCAACGCUGGACCGCAUGUUUGGGGUGCAAACAAGUUUUUUGCGCGUUGAACCCGGUAAUUGUUUACUGCCGCCUCAGUAUGUUACCCUAGGGAAGAAGAUUCGCGACAUGGAGAUCUAUCCAGAUGACGUUUGGAUGGUAUCUUAUCCACGAACAGGAAGUCAUUGGGCCCAAGAAAUGGUUUGGUGUAUCGGAAAUGACCUUGAUUUUGAAAAAGCUAAAGUUCCUUUGUUAAUUCGGAAUCCUUUAUUAGAAUCAUCGGCGUUGAUGGUGACAGGAAAAUACGUUGAUUUUUUUUCACAGUUUGGAAAUUCUGUAGAGAAUGUUGAGAAAACAGCUAGACCGCGUUAUGUAAAAACGCACUUACCAUGGGAACUAUUGCCUCAGCAAAUAAAAUCUAAAAAACCAAAAGUUAUAUACGUGACAAGAAACCCAAAAGACACAUGCGUCAGUUUGUUCCAUUAUUUAAAAUUAAUGCAUGAUUACAAUGGAACAUUUGAAGAACUUGCUGAGUUAUUUGUUAAUGACACUGCUCCAAUGAAUCCAUUUUGGCAGCACGUUCUCUCGUUCUGGAACCGCCGGAACGAAGAAAACAUUCUGUUCCUUACUUACGAAGAAAUGAAGCGUGACCAAAUUACCGCAAUACACAAAACAGCUGAUUUUUUAGGCAAAUCACUGUCUGAAGAACAGGUUAUAGCCCUUGCAAGUCACUUGGAGUUUUCUAAAAUGGCCGCCAAUCCGGCGAUUAAUCUAGAAGCGGUUUUGGCAAAUGGGAAUAAAAUUGAAGGAACAUCUAAUGGAAAUGGUGAAAAAUGUGAGAAUAAUAAUGGAAUAGAUAAAUUUAUUCGGAAAGGAAAAAUCGGGGAUUGGAAAAAUCAUAUGAAUGAUGAGUUGACAAGGAAAUUUGAUCUUUGGGCGGAAAAAAAUUUCAAAAAUACGGGGCUUGAGUUUGAUUAUGGAGAUGACUGA